AUGGACCAACCUGAUUAUCACCCACAGCAGCCCCAGGCUCUUGCCCACCAACCGGGCAACUACCCUGAGGAUCUAUUAACUUGGGAAGGAUCAUCAACAUCUCAGGAGCUAAAGACAGAGCCGGACACUAGACUGGAGUCAGAUGAGAGCUGCCCAGUGUGUGGAGACAAAGUGUCAGGAUACCACUAUGGGCUGCUCACCUGUGAGAGCUGCAAGGGCUUCUUUAAACGCUCAGUGCAGAAUAACAAGCAUUACACCUGUGCAGAACAACAGAGCUGCCCUGUGAACCUUUCUCAGAGGAAACGUUGUCCUUCCUGUCGCUUCCAGAAGUGUUUGGCAGUGGGCAUGAAGAGAGAAGCGGUUAGAGCAGAUCGUAUGAGAGGUGGCAGGAAUAAAUUUGGCCCUCUGUACCGACGGGACAGGCAGAUGAAACAGCAAAAGGUGUAUCACCAGGCAAAUACUGCUCCCCACAGGAUUAAGAUGGAAACUACACAAACACACCGGCCCACAGCUCCAAAUGACCUUCACCUUAUGGACAAUCACUCAAGUGCUCCAUCGUCUUCUGAUGCUUUUCAUCAGUCCCACAUGUAUCCCUUUGGCAUGGGGCAGUCGUGUGCGCCCAUGCCUCUGGAUUGCACAGUGAACGCAGACAGGGUGAUCACUCCUCCGCCCCUACCCUACCCUGGACUGUACCACCACCCUGUCCCUGUAUACCUCCAGGAGAAAGGAGAAAUGCCGUUUAGCUACAGCCCGGCUCCCGCAGACUAUUCAGUGCAUCCAACCCCUAACAAUUCAUUCAGACCAAGAAGCACACCAGCAUCAUCCCCCUGCUCAACACCAAGCUCAACCACCCCUCUCACCCAGGCUCCUGCCCAAACCCUCAUCACCCCCUCAUCAGCCAUGCUAACACCCAACUUCCUUAGCCAACUCUUGGCAGGAGAGCAGGAUGAGAGCCAGUUAUGUGCCAAGGUUGUGGCCAGCCUGCAGAGAGAACAGGCCAACCGAGGCAAACAUGACCGCUUAAAUACUUUCAGCAUCAUGUGUAAAAUGGCUGAUCAGACUCUGUUUGGGCUUGUGGAGUGGGCCAGGAACAGUGCACUCUUCAAAGAGCUCAAGGUGGAGGACCAGAUGGUGCUGCUGCAGAGCUGUUGGAGUGAGCUGCUGGUCCUGGACCACCUCUGUAGACAGGUGACCUAUGGCAAAGAGGGCUGCAUAUAUCUGGUCACAGGACAACAGAUUGAGGUGUCGACUGUUAUCUCUCAGGCAGGAGUGACAUUGAGUAGCCUGGUAUCAAGGACCCAGGACCUGGUGUCCAAACUAAAGGCACUCCAGUUUGACAGACAUGAGUUUGUCUGUCUCAAAUACUUGGUGCUAUUCAACCCUGAUGUGAAAUCAGUGCAGAGUCGCAGGCAGGUGGAGCACACUCAAGAGAGGGUGAACAGAGCCCUGAUGGAGCACACUCAGCGGAGUCAUCCAGGACAUUCAGACAAGUUUGGCCAGCUGCUGCUCAGGCUGCCUGAAGUGCGUAGCAUUAGCUUGCAAGUUGAGGAGUAUUUGUACCAGCGCCAUCUUCUGGGAGAUUUGCCCUGCAACUCUUUACUCACCGAGAUGCUGCACACCAAGCACAGCUGAAACGACAAUGCUGUAUCUUCAAGCGCUAGUGGAACAAGAGUUUGUUGCUGUGAAUUUUUGUACCUCUUUUUCACCCUUUCAGAUGCAACUGUCCUCUUUACUUUUGAUUGUAAACAUGUGUACCCUCUUUUAACAGCCCCUAAGGCUUCAAUCACAGAAGUGAGGGUGACAAUUUGUGAUCCCAGAUCAACAUUGAAGGGGGAUAAGUACUUAACCUGUGCCAAGCUUUGCCCAAAUUCCUAUUAUUAACAG